UUUAUCUUCGUAUAAAAUCAACAUCUUAUUAUAAACAAAUUUUACCAUGUAAAAGUAUUAAAAAAAAAAGGAAAAAAUAUCCUUUAAACUUAUCUCAUCUUCAACACAAAAUAAAUCAAAAUUUUCUAUUUUUAAUUUCACUGAAUUAAAUUAGGUGCCCAUCUGGUGGAGUCCCGGUGCCCGCGCACAGAUUAACGUAGCCGAACGCCUACCUCUCCAUUGUAAAUAUCACCUUACAAACCGUCCCACUCGCCGCCAAGUGUCUCAUCCAAUACCAUUCUCAAAAUCUACUCUCUCCAACCCUCCAUCGCUCGCCGGCUUGCAAGACGCCCUCUGUUACCUACCUCGCACCGAAUCCCAAACUCAGAGCCCCGGAAGUAUCGCGCGCCCUCUGCCUCCAUUUUUCUUCCAUCUCUCUCUCUCUUACCCUCCCUUCACUGGACAAGGAACAAAAACGAAAUAGAAUCAGCAUUGCAAUAUAAAUUGUUUUUUUGUGAAAUUCCUUGUUCGAGCUUCUCCUUCCAGAUCUUCAUGUAUGUGUUUCUGUUCGUCAUGAAAUUCAAAGUUAAUGAUCAAAUUAUAUCAUUCUAUAUAUAUGUAUGACACUAAUUCAUUUAUCUUCGGAAGAAGAGAAGCCCAUAGGUUGAGCUUGCCAAUGGAUGGCGUCGUCUUUUUGAUACGAUCAUGGCGAGUGCUUUAAUUCUUCCUUUUUUCUUUGUUUUUCCAUGCCAAUUUUCGCUGAAACAUUUCGAUCGAUUCUGCAUAUAUAUAGAUAUAUGAGCAGAGAUGCCCGAAGCCGAAGUGCAUAUAUAAAGAACAGAGAUUCGAGGGGGCGGACUUUUGAUGGAUCCUGAAAAGGGAGAUCAUCCAAAAAGCGAGCGAAAGGAGGAAGAAAAGCAAGUGAAGAGACGAGAAUCCGUCUUGAGUUCCGACGGCGACGACGGUGACGAAGACGAGGAUGACUUCUUCCAGUUGGAUCAAGAGAUCAUGAAUCCUUUCUUGGGCCACGUUAACGAUGGCGGCAGAGUCGGAGCAGCGGACGGCAGUUUGAGCUAUCCUCCUAUUCAGAUGAUGUGGAGGUCGCCGGAAGCGGCUGAUCCGAACCGGAUUCCCUCCUCCAUCUUCGCCGGGCCCUCGUCUCCGAUGGAGUGGAGCGCGGCCUCGAACGAGUCGCUAUUCAGCAUCCACGGCGGGAACUCAAGCUUCACCAGGGACCAUGUCACAUUGAUGGAAAAGUCCGGCGAGCUCAACCUCCCGGCCGAGGACCACCACCACCACCACCACCACCACCCUCAUCCUCAAGCGCUUCGUGAUGUAGCAGGCACGGAGACGGAUAACGCCAAGAGCAUCAAGGAGUUGGUGCAGGCAAACUUGGAGGAACAACAGCACCGGUCGUCGGACUGCAGCGCCGUCAGCUACCAGUCGUUUGCAUUCCCGAUAUUGGCAGGCGAGGGAAGAACCGGCUCAGUGAAGGUGGAAUCCGUACAUCCAUUCCGACCAUCCAAGUCACAGCAGAAGCAGCCUCCAAUGGCGGCGGCACCAAAAUCUGCCAGUCUUCCUCCUACUUCUACUUCUCCGGAACAAAAGAGCAAGUGGAUCCCGUGCGCUUGUCUGCUUUCCUUCUGUUCACAGGGUAAACAGUGAAGAAGAGACUUUGUGAUCAUCAUCAUCUUCAUCUUCAUCUUCAUCUUGUUUCAUGUGGAAGUUUUGAAUCGAUUUCAUAUGGAAAAAAGUUGGAAUAAGAUUCUCACAAGUCUUUGAAGGGCUCGGUGGAAUAUACUAAAGAAGAGGGAUGUUCUUGCCAUAUUUUUGUAUGGAACUUAAU